UGCUCACACGUCGGCGGUCACCACCCAGUGCUGCACCAGGGGAUCCGGGUGGUGCUGGCAGCGUUCGCGAGCGCCCGAGCCCGGGCGGGGCACGGUGUGGCACGAGGGGGCAGCGAGGGGGCAGCGGGGCCUCUGGUCCCAGGCGCUGCUCCCGGCCUUGCCGAUGAUCGCGGGCAGUGUCCCGGUGUGGCUGCUCGACCUGAGCAUGACGGGGGAUGUCCCCGGAUGGAGCACCUGGAUCGCUGGAACUCGUACACGGGCUGCUCCAGCUCCCCCGGCAGCACCUCGCAGGCGCUCCUGCCGUCCACCUCCGCGGGCAGGUUGCACGGGGCGCCGCCGUGCCAGUGGUGGUCUAUCCACGAAGCCCUUGAGGUUGCCCCUGCCCUUGCCCUUGGUCGAGGCGUAGUCCCAGCCCCGCCCGACCACCGGCACGAAGCUGGCCAGCAGCGUCCCGUCCUGCGACACCGGGGCCCGGAAGAGCCGCGCCUGGCCGCCGUCGUGGAGGCGGUGGACAUGACGAUCUCGUCGCUCCUGGGGACCACGGCGAGCACCUCGCUGCAGAUGGGCACGGCGAAGCGCCGGCGCAGCGCAAGCCUACCGCACGGGGUGCCCCCGCCGAGGUCGAAGCAGUCCCCGUCCCGGCGGCACCACACGUCCCAUCGCAUCGACUUGCCCCUG